CUUUAAAAAGGCUGCUACAAUCAACUCACAAAUUAUUUUGUGUAUUGCAUCAGUGGUCAGCUCAGAAAAGGCUGUUAAUUUCUAGUCAAAAUGGUUUUCCCGAUUAUAAAACUUGGAACCCUUGCAAUAAAGCAGGUCAGCAAGCCUUUGUCAAAGGCGAUUCGAAAUAUGGCAAAAGACAGUCCAUUUAUGAGGAAAUACGUUUGCAUGCCUCCAGCUCAGUUUUACCAUUGGCUGGACGUGAACCUGAGAAUGAGAAUUCUUGGUCUAGGAAAAGCCACUGAAGUCAAGCCUCUGAGUAGCGAAGCAGCAGUAGAACUUGGAGCAGAGAUCAUCAGUGAAAGUUUUCUCUUUUCCGUUGCGACGGCAACAAUCGCAUUUGAAUAUUGGAGAUCUUCAAAGAAAGAAGACCAGCACGAAUCUCAACAGAGUUCGGACAUUAAGAAGAUGCAGUCUCAGGUUCAGGAGCUUGGGCUCCUCAUUGAAGAACAAGAUGCAAAGUUACGAGAAUUCAAUCGAUUACUAGUCGAAUAUGCACCAUCGUCGAAGAGAAAGUGAAGAUAAUUAAUCAUUUUAUAAUUGUAUAGAAAUAAUUUAUCAAGAUCAAAGUCAAUAAUUGAUUUAUAAGUCUAACUUUUUGCACUAUUGCAAAUAUGAUCUGCAGAUUAAGGUCUCACAACUACAUGUAUGUAGGAAGUGAUAAACUAUAAAGUAUAUAUUUUGAAAGCAGAGUGUGAUAAUUAUGUAAUGUUUAUGUUACUCAUAUGCAAUGGUUAUUUAUCACAGAAAUGCAAUAUGUUGACUUAUUGUGAUUGAUGCACCUGCCUUAUGGAUUCUUUAUUUCUUUUACUUUUUAAAUUUUCUCUUCAAAUAAUUCUUUGAAGAAAUGUUUGUAUAUAAAUCUGCUUUCACACAAGAACCAAAUGAGAAUAACAUUUAUCUCACAAGUACUUGGUAGAUACAGGUAUUACAAAAUGUCCUAGUACUAAAUUUAGAAAAGUGUAAAUUUUACAGAUCAGUCCUGAAAUAGUUAUGUUUGUCACAGAAUUGUGUCACAUAUGAAAUAAGGAUUUUGUUCAUCAUGCAUGUACCAUACCUGCUCCCCACCAUUGACAACUCUAAAAUGUUUCUAGCUUUGUUAAUAUACUAGCAAUAUCUCUUGUUUCAGUAAAAUAAUAAAUGAGGAUAAAGUAUAUAUACGUCCUAGGUAAAAGAGAAAAAUCAUCCAGUGAUGUCUAAAAGAGAUUUGCCUCUUUGUAUUUCUAUUUGGUUCUUCAUAGUGUUUCAGAAUGGCAUCUGGGAUAAAAUAUCAUUGUCGUUCGUUACAUCUGUACCUAAAGCAAUAUUUUGUUUGUUUUAGUUGUUGUCUAUCUGGUUGUCCCAAACACUUCAGAUGGAUUUUUCAACGUGACCCCCACCCCCCC